UUCUCAUUUGUGUCAAAAGUGCUAAACAUGGCGGCGGACGGUGACGAAGUGAUUAGUGAUCAAGAAAAAGUUAGAAUCGUUUCAGAUUUUAUCCUCCAUUCGCCGCCCGGUGAAUUCAACGAAGUGUUUAACGAUGUGAGAGUGCUAUUGAAUAACGAUAGCCUACUGAAGGAGGGCGCCAGCGGGGCGUUCUCGCAGUACAACAAGGACCAGCUCACGCCCGUUCGGCUGGAGGAAGCAGAGCUGCACACUUUAGUGACCGAUCACAACGAGCUGAGCGGAGGACGAUUCUUCGACCCGCGGAAUAAGCGCUCCUUUAAGUAUGACCACCUUCGUAAGGAGGCUUCCGAGUACGAGCCAUACGAGCCGGAUCGCGUCGCGGAGCCGUGGCGCGCGGCCCUGGACGAGGAGCUGACGGCGUACGUGGCGGCGCACUACAAGCACGGCGCCAGUCUCGUGGUGGGGCGUGCGCUGGAGUCGGGCGCCGUGUCGCUCGUCGCGUGCAUCGAGGACCACCAGUUCCAGCCAAAGAACUACUGGAACGGGCGCUGGCGCUCGGUGUGGUCGCUGACCGUGGGCGGCGGCGGCGCCGCCGAGCUGCGCGGCGUGCUGCGCGUGCAGGUGCACUACUACGAAGACGGAAACGUCCAAUUAGUCAGCUCGAAAGAGGUCCGCGCGCCUAUAAUCUCUAGUAGUGAGACUGCGACCGCUAAGGAGUUCGUGAAACUGGUCGGCGAGGCGGAAAACGCGUACCAGACGGCAAUAUCGGACAACUACAAGACGAUGAGCGACACGACGUUCAAGGCGCUGCGGCGCCAGCUGCCCGUGACGCGCAGCAAGAUCGACUGGGCGCGGCUCGUGUCGUAUUCCAUCGGCAAGGAGCUGAAGAGCCAAUGAUGUCUCGCCGCUGCGCUCUGAGCCGCAGCGGGCGCUCCGCGUCUCUGUACAUAUUCGCGUAAGAGUAAAUCUUGUUCAAAUGUUUACGGGCUCCGGUUCCCGGUGCGUAUUUAUCUAUGAUUAUAUAGAGAAAUCGCUAUCGUAACUGUUAAAUUAUAUUGCAUUUUGUUACUUAAAGCGAGGUAUCACUGACAGUUUUGUGACUGUGGUCUUAUAGCGUCUUUUGGUAAUUGUUGCAAGGAAAUUAUAAAGCUUAAGGUAUUAGGAUGAUUUGAAUGUCAGUAUUUAUACUGAAGGCCUGUAGAGAUUGCUGGCUUAAAAACAUUAGCAAGGUCAGACUCUUAAUAUCGACGGUGAAGUACCAUGAACUCCCAACUACUUAGGUUUUCAUACUUAGUUAGGAGUUCAUGGCACUUCGCCAUUGAUAUGUGCCAUUUCAUGACUAAAAGUUGAUUUUAAUUAGUGGUUUGUAAGGUGUGCUUAUUGCUUGAG